AUGACUCUGGCUCAUUAUCCUACGGCACGGCCAGAAUUGAAGCCCCGAUUAUUGCCUCGUCGCUAUCAGCUGUUGGGUCAGAUGGGUGACGCCGCCUGGCAGCUGGCUUUGAGGUUUGGCAAGCGAACAACGAUCCAUGGAUUGGACAGACUGCUGGCGUCACGUGCCAGUCGCUGGGAACGCUUCAUCUGGCUGUGUACUUUUGUUAGUGCCUUUUUGGGAGCCGUCUAUGUGUGCCUGAUACUUUCGCAACGGUAUAAUGAUGGCAACUUUCAGACCGUGGUGGACAGCACGCGAUAUCCGGUUUAUCGCAUUGCAUAUCCGGUUGUCACCAUAUGCAAUCGCAAUCGUCUCAAUUGGCAGCGUUUGGAGCUGGCCAAAAGCCGUUUCAUGGCCAAUGUCAGCGAUGCAUUGCAGUUGCAAUUAUUUGAGAGGAUUAUCGGCAGCUAUGAUGACAUGUCAUUUGGCCACUUUCAGUCCUUUGACCGACUGCGAAAUGAGCCCACACAGCAGCUGAGUCACAUCAACUUCAGUCUCGUCUACGACUUUAUGACCUGGACCUGUGACGAGCUGUUGACCGACUGCAAGUGGCGUCAUUAUCCCUACAACUGCUGUGAGAUCUUCUCGAAGCGACGCAGCAAGAACGGUUUGUGCUGGGCCUUCAACUCCCUGGAGACCGUCGAGGGCAAACGCAUGCACCUCCUCGAUCCCAUGUGGCCCUGGCGAACCGGUUCUGCUGGACCAAUGAGUGCGCUCUUCGUACGCGUUCUCAUACAUCCGCAGAAACACUGUCCGGACGGGCAUAAUGAUAAAGGCAUCGAGGUCAUGCUCACCGAGCCAUAUGUCUGGCACAAUAGUCCAUAUAGCGUGCCAGCCAACACACAAACAUCGAUUGAAAUCGAACCCACAAUCUACUUUUACGAUAACGAUACACGAUCUGUGAGCUCCGAUCAGCGUCAAUGUGUCUUUGAUGAUGAGCACAACAGUCGCGAUUUCAAGUCACUGCUGGGCUACAUUUACAUGAUUGAGAAUUGCCAAUCGGAGUGCCAUCAGGAGUACUUGGUUCGCUACUGUAAUUGCACAAUGGACUUGCUUUUUCCGCCGGGCCAGUAUCGUUCCUGCCGUUCUCAGGAUUUACUCUGCCUGGCGGAAAACAAUGAUAGACUACUCUACUCACAUCAGCCAGGAGAGGAGCAUUUUGUGCGUAACAAUUAUGAGGGCAUGGUAUGUAAGUGUUUUCGCAACUGUUACUCCCUGAACUAUGUGAACGAUGUGCGACCAUCAUUUCUGCCGCCGGAAGUGGUUGGCAAUUCAUCAUUUGUGGACUUGGAUGUGCAUUUCCGCUUUGAAACCCUUAUGGUCUAUCGCACCAGCUUGGUAUUUGGAUGGGUCGACUUAAUGGUCAGCUUUGGUGGCAUUGCUGGACUUUUUCUGGGCUGCUCGCUCAUUAGCGGCAUGGAACUGGCCUAUUUCCUAUGCAUCGAAGUGCCGGCCUUUGGCAUGAAGGGACUGAGUCAGCGAUUGCGUGGUAUGCGUAGAAUGGACAUAGAGGUGACCACGCCCACAUUGAAGAUACGACAGAAUAUGUCCACUCAGCUGGAGCAUUAUAUAAUGCAAUUCAAGGCUGAGCAAGGGCCGCAGAAGGCAACGGCCCAAUUUAAAAGGUGGCAACGCCAAACGUUCGCCCAUAAACAUGUUAUUAGCAAAUGAAUAAUGUGCACAAAUAAAAUAUGUAUUUGCGG